AUGACAGAAAAUUACCACUUACAAAAAACAGCUAAAGAAUACGACCGAGACCAAGAUAUUUCUUGAAGCAUUGGCCAUACUAAAGAAAAUAGCCAUAAAAGUAGGUCAGCUCGCCAAGAAAUUUUCCAUUUUCUUGUCAAGCUUCAAAAUCAGCAAGAUUGUGCAUCAGAAGUUUCUUUAUUUAAGGUCACAAUUUUAAAAAUGAUUUUUUCCUUUCAAUUCGCAAGCUUAGCCUGAUACCAGGUAGCCAAUCACGAUUCUGUGAAAGAGUUUUGAAACUUUGCCAGCUAUUUGAGGUUUGACAAUAUUUUUUCAGAUCUUGGCUUAAUUGAAUGCUAUUUAUACAUAGCUACAGUAAUUGUUUGAGGCUACUAUAUACUUGUCCUGAUGCUUUAUAUUUUAUGAAGAUUAAGCCAAAACGUUUCAAAUUUAUUAUGGAGGUUUGAAAAAACCUUAAAUUAGCUCUUUUAAAUAUAUCAAAUAGUUUUAAUAGCUUUUAUAGUGUUUGCAAUUUAAUCAAAGUUAUGAUUUUAUAGCCUGAGAACCUCUUUUUGCUAGUGGAAAGAUCGGGAAGUCAAGCCAAAAAGGCGCUCUAGCUACAUUUUUUUGUAUAUUAAGGUAAAAUAAAAGAUUUUGUUUAUCCUAAGUCUUCCAUAGCUAUGCUUGAUUAUUGAAAUUAGGAGUAAGAACUUUAAUUUUUGAAGUUUGCUAUAUUCCUAUUACAUUUUCUCUCAUAGUUUCCAUAAAAUAUUUAAUAUUUUAUUAUGAUAGAAGCAUUCAAGAAUACCAGAAAGAAAAGUUAAAUUCCUGAAUGAUAAAUAUGCUACCAUUAUUCAUUUUUACCGUGAUUUCACUCAUGUUCUGUAAUUACAUUUAUGGAAUAUUUAUUUAUGAACAUCGGCAUGCCUACGCAAACAGCAAUUUAUUAGCAAAAGUGCAUGCUUAUACAACUAAGAUCAAAAUAAUUGGUAUUGACCUCAUUUUAAUUUACGUCGCAUUUAAUGACCCUGAUAACAUAAUUUACUUGAGAAUACUCAUCUACUUUAUAGCUAUAUUUAUAGUGAUUGUGCAUAUUUAUUAUGCUCCAUUUUUCAACUACAUUACAAAUUUCUUGGAAACUAGCAGUGUAUUAUUUGCAGCGAUAACUUCAGCUUCUCUAAUUAUUGGGGAUAUUCAAAAGAGUCAAUCAACUGGACUUGUAUUAUUUAUCUUCUUAAAUCCUGUUUUUAUAUGAUUUUUAUAUAUAGUUACAAAAUUCAGAUAUGCUAAAUUAUUAAAACAGGAUUUAAACCAAAAAUGUAAAGAUGUUUAUGAAUUUGAAAGAAUUGUUAGAUGUAUGCUAAUUAACAAAAAAUCUGAUAAAAAUCAAGUUUUAAGAAUUUUUGAGCAGGUCCAUGAAAAUCAUCAAGUAAAUUCAUCCAGAAUGCCAUCAAUAUGGGAAGCAGAAUAUUGUCUAUAUGUACUAAAUGACUCAAGAUUAGCAUCGAUAAGGCUUGGCUCUCAAUAUCCUUGAAAAAAUUCUUGCUUUGAAGAAGAGUUUUUAGAGUUUUGCCUCAGAAACCAUUUAUUAAGUGACCUUUAUGAGCGUCACGAUGAUAUAAAAUUUCUUAUGAGAUUAGAAAGAAAUGAAAGCUGACAAAAGCUUGACAAAAAAUUUUGCAUUAUUUUAAAUGAAAUUGUCAAAUUAGUUUAUACAAAUCAUUACUCAAUAUCAAAAAUAUAUCCAACAAUUGAAAUUAUGAAUGAUAAAUUCGAUAUUUUAAGAGAUGACUAUAAAGAAAUUUCAAAAAACAUUGAAGCCGAUAGAGUGUAUUAUAAGAAUCUUGGUGAAAGAAGCGACUAUCAAAAUUCGGAAAGCCCAUUUAUACAGAAUGAAAAAGUGAAUAAUAACGAAAUUUCAGCUUUAAAAAGGAAUAAUAAAAUAAAUUACAAUGAAGAUACCAGCGGAGUUUUAAUUAUAAGUGGAUAUAAAGAAAAUAUCGGCAAUAUCUUAUACGCAAAUUUAAAUGCCGCUAAGACUUUAAGAGAAACAAGUUACAGCAUUGUUGACUCUGACAUAAACGAUUAUAUACCCCACCCUUUCAAUAUUGAUCAUAAAUCAGCUUUAGAAAGAUUUAUAAAAUCCUGCACAAUUUCAGACAUCAACCAUUCUACUGAAACUAUAUUAAAGCGAAAAAAUAGUUUUUUAAUAGAAAUUAGUUUUACUAUCACUUGUGCAUCUUUAAACAAACACCCAUUUUUUCUUUUCAUUUUUAAAGAAAUUAAUCAAAAUACUCCUAAACUUCUUUUAGAUGAUAGAGGGUUGAUCACCGGAUGCAGUGAAAAUGCUCCAUUAGUAUUGAAUUUAGAACCUGAAUCAAUUAUCAAUAAAUCAAUAUUCGAUUUUAAUGCACAAAUAGAAAGAAAAAGCAGCAUGGUUGAAAUAUAUCUUGAAGAAUUAAUAAAUACUGAAGUUGAUACUUUACAUGAUAAAGAUUCUGUUAAACUGUUUUUUGGGGGAAAAUCAUUUAGCUGCCUAUUCCAUAAAAAGAAAAAUUGCAAUAAAUUCUUGAAUAUUCUGACAAUUGAAAGAGAAGAAGAUGGAAUGUCACGAAAUUUUGAGUCUUUUCUGAAUGUAAAUAGUCUAAAAGUUGAUUUUUCGACAAAAAAUGAAAAUUCUAAACGAGAAAAAGUUAGCUUUUUUGAUGAUACAAAUAGAAGCACUGAAAUAAAUGAAGAAAAAAGCCCUAGAAAUCAAUUAGAAAACCAGUUUCAAAAAGAAGAAAUAAAUGCUGAAAGCACCAAAAAUCCUGUAGAUGCUUCAAUGUCUUGGUAUUUAUCAAGAUAUACUGACAAAGAUACUUUAUGGUGGAAGAUGUAUCUUGAAAAGAUCAAAAAACAAUUUUCUAUAUAUAAAUGGAUGCUAUUUUUUUGCAUCAUAAUAUUACUAGCCACUAGCAGCGCAAUUUUGGGCUAUGCUCUUUCAGAAACUAAUAAGGCAAAUAAUAUAAAUGCGCUGACAGAAACUGGGCUUAUUAUAGAUACAAUGAUUGCUAUAUCUGGCCACGCUGUGAGAAUGGAUAUUUCGACCUAUAACAAUGCAACAGUAUUGACACUAAAUUCAGGCUAUGCAAAAAUAAAUAAUUUUACAAAUAGCUUAAAGCUAAUGACAAAGCAAAUGCUAACUGAGCUACCUUCUUGAGAUUAUUGCCCAUGGUUUACGUUUUAUAGAAAAAACGAAAUUCCUAUGUGAGAGACAAUUGGGAAAUAUAGUAUUGUAAUGAAAAAUUUGGUCGAUAUUAUACAAGCUUAUGAAGAAAUUGCGACUGAAUUUUUACAUAGGAUUUCGCAUAAUGAAACUUACCUUAAUGAACUUAAUUUUUUGAUACUAAACAGUAUGGGAAUUCUAUCACAUAAAUUAGAUUUUAUUUUGGACACUUUGACAUCUUGUGAGCAUUAUAGAACACAGCAAUUGACUGAUACUAUUACUUGGCUUGUUGUGAUUGCUAUAAUUAUUCUUGGUUUAUGUGUCUUUUUCAUUAUUUGUGUUAUUUUUUCUAUUUGUUAUACCCUUAAAAAAUUUUAUUCGGAAAUUGCUCAAAAAAUAAAAAAAUCAUAUGGAGAUCUCCACAAUAGGCUGGUAUCAAGAUUAAAUGAUACUUAUGGAUAUGAUUAUGAGGUUAUGAAAGAAUUCCCUAGAUCUUCACCAACCAGCAAAUGGUUCGAAAGAGAUCGAGUGAGGCUUAUUUCCAAAAUUUCCAUUUAUUUUUUAAUUACAUUUGCAUUUUAUUUGGUAUUUUAUUUUUACGCCUACAGAAAUGGUGAAGAUUAUUUAAUUUCUCGGCCUGAUGUAAUCGCUUUAUUAAUAAGGCGACAGAUUUUUGGAAGAAUUAUUUCAUUUUGGGCAAGAGUUUAUGUAUUUCAAGAUACCUCAAUCAGCAUUUACAAUAAACUGCCAAAAAAUUACUUUUUUGCUAACCCAGUUACUGAGUAUUGGAAAAUUGCAAACUAUUAUAGAGACUGGAAACUGCCAUUGCUAACUCCCCCCCUCCGUGAAUGAACAAAAAAAAAUUUGUUCACUUACGGAGGCCGUUAAUUUUUUUUUUUUUUUUUUAUAUAUAAAUUUUAUAGAAAAAUAUUGUUUUCAAAAUUUAAAAAAAUCCUAAUUUGCAAAAAAUUGGGAAAGUAAAUAUUAAUUUAAUUUAUAAAAAUUUAUGUUUUAAAACGCAAUUUGUUUAAAAAUUAAACAGAAUUUUUUCGAGAUUUCAUUAUACUAAUUAUCACUUAUAUAUCAAUUUUUUUUUUCAUAAAAACAUUUUUUCUAUUAAACAAUUUUGUUCACUAACGGAGGGUGGGCUUUUGGGCAAAAAAUAGCUAUUUUUCCAAUGGUUUUGUUCACUCACGGAGGGGGGCGAGUAAGUCACAAUGUUCAGAAAUUUUUUUCAGCUGAACUGCAUGAGAUGAUGUUUGAAAAACUCAAUGUGACUGAUGCUUUUGCACAAUAUGGAGUCAGUCCAUGCCAAGACCAGCAAAUGUAUGAAAUGAAUUAUUUAUUUGGUAUUGGUAGAAAUAUGAAGACAUAUUCGAGUAUAUUAGUGAGACUAGACAAUAUAAGAAAUGUCUUAAACACAGUUAACAACCAAAUGCUUUUAAUGACUACAGAUUAUUCUACCCAGCUUAUUCAAGAUAAUUUUGAAAUAUUGACAUGAUUAACUGUAGUCUAUGCUGUUUUUUCAAUAUUGGUUUAUUUUUUAUUUUAUCUGCCUAAUACAUCUCAAGAGAUGAAAAGGCUAGAAAUAUUGAAGAGAUUUUGCAAGCUAAUUUAG